AUGGAUGUAGCGGAUGUGGCGCUCAACUCCUCCGUGAACGGUACGAGCGCGCCCAGGCUUCCGCCGCACUCGCGCUGCGCGUCCGCCUUCAUCAUCCUCGUGGUCACCGUGAUCAUCCUGGUCACCAUUGUCGGGAACGUGCUUGUGGUGGUGGCGGUGUUCACGAGCCGCGCUCUGCGCGCGCCUCAGAACCUCUUCCUGGUGUCACUGGCGUCGGCGGACAUCCUGGUGGCCACACUGGUCAUCCCGUUCUCGCUGGCCAACGAGGUCAUGGGUUACUGGUACUUCGGCAGCACGUGGUGCGCGCUCUACCUGGCGCUCGACGUGCUCUUUUGCACAUCAUCCAUCGUGCACCUGUGCGCAAUCAGCCUUGACCGAUACUGGUCGGUCACCAGCGCUGUCAGCUACAACCUGAAGCGCACGCCACGGCGCGUCAAGGCCAUGAUCGCGGCCGUGUGGCUCAUCUCGGCCGUGAUCUCAUUCCCACCGCUUGUCAUGACCAAGCAUGAUGAGCUCGAGUGCCUGCUCAACAAUGACACAUGGUACAUCUUGGCAUCAUGCGCCGUGUCCUUUUUCGCACCGGGACUCAUCAUGGUGUCCGUCUACUGCAAGAUCUACAGAGUGGCCAAACAAAGGGCUGCCACCGUGUUUGUUGCCAAAGCCAGCAUGGCACGCCAGCCUUCACUCUCCGAGACGGGGUUCGUGCGCAAAGGAAGGUCCGAAGCGACAAGUCCGAGCGUGUACGGCUCGAAAGAGCAAAACCAAGACGAGCUGGACGCCAUCGAUCUGGAAGAGAGCUGCGUCUCCAGUGCGCGCUCGGCCAAGGGUGGCAAAAUGGAACUGGCGUGUGUGUACGCACGUGCCAAGCUGGACGGUCGUGCGUCGGAAGUGUGUGAUGACGAGCCGAUGAAUCGUAUCCGACAGACCUCUUUGUCCAAAGCCAAACUGGCUCAGAUGCGCGAGAAACGCUUUACUUUCGUCUUGGCUGUAGUGAUGGGUGUCUUUGUGCUCUGCUGGUUCCCGUUUUUCUUCACCUACAGCCUUCAUGCUGUGUGCAGAGAGAGCUGUACCAUCCCUGACACUCUCUUUAACCUCUUUUUCUGGAUCGGCUAUUGCAACAGCUCAGUGAACCCCAUCAUUUACACCAUUUUUAACCGAGACUUUCGGAGAGCCUUUAAAAAGAUCAUGUGCCAUAAUCCUGUAAGAGCCUCAAUGUAGAUCAUCUGAGGGGUAAUUAGUGCACAAUUUUACCUGCUGGUGCCCCAACAGAGAGUGAAUGA